AAACUGAACUACAGUAUGAAUAGUCUGGACAAAACGCUCACUGAGCUUCACGGUAUGCUGAAGACCGCUGAAAAGACGCUCAAAAGUGAUAAGCAGGAUGUGCUUAUGGUGCGUGGGGGCAAGUUCAAGAAAUCUGGAAAGAAGAGGAAUGCUAAGAAAGGUGGCAACAAGGCCAGCCCAACUAAGCAAACUGGCGCCAAAUCUGCAAAGAGGAAGGUCAGUCAACCCACUUCUGAAUCCGAAUGCUUCUACUGCAAAAAGAAGGGGCAUUGGAAGAGAGAUUGCUUGAAGCUAAAGGAAGAUCAGAAGAACGGAACAGUCGUUCCAUCUUCAGGGACUAAGAAGAAGUAGAAAGUUAAGCAAGGGUGAAGUCGACCUACGAGUGGGAAAUGGAGCACGGAUUGCUGCAUUAGCCGCAGG